AAAGCUCGACGGGUGACACAAAAACACGUGUCUCUUGGUUGAGUUUGGAGUAGUCACGUUCUGUUUUUAUCAUUAAAUUGUUCGCUCGUGUAUAUACAUACGGAAAAUCGUCGGUGCUGUGCGGAAGGACAGAAAAGCGGGCGCAUUCAGAACGUCUUACGGGACGCGUUUAUGUACGCACUCUCGCGUUUGCACGCGCGAGUCAGAGGGAAAGCGGGCCGCGAGACAGUGCGGCGCGGCGUGGCGCGGCGCGGGGCGGCCAUUUUAUGUUAGUAUGACGUAAAGACUGGGUGUAGCUUAGCGUUCUUAUUGUCGACUGUGCGCGAGGAAAAAACUAACGGAUCGGUGUUUGGUAAGUGCCCGAUGUUGGCUAAUCGCGAACGGUUAAACGUACGCGGCACUCGAGCGCGAGUGAUGUGAACUAAUUUCGUCAGAGCGAUCGCUUUCCCGCGAAUAAUCGUGUAGCGACGCGUGGAAGCUAGGAGCGCUCGGAAGCGCUGGGCAGCCUCGAGCGAGCGGUCGAGGUGAGAGGGGAAAGUGUGCGAACGAAAGAACGGGCGAGCAAAACGAACUUGACGAACCAGCGAAAUAGCGAGCGAACGAGCGAACGAAAAGAAACGAAACGAGUCGAGUCGAGUCGGAUCGUGUCUAAUCGAGUCGAAUCUGGCUAGCCUAGCCUAGCCUAGCCUAGUCUAGUCUAGUCUAGUCUAGUCUAGUCUAGCUAGGGAGUUAGCGAAUUCGCGAGUUUGUGAGCGAGCGAAAAGUGAAAGUGCGUUUGCCGCGGCGGUGCGUCCGUAGCAGCGCGUGCGAACAUGAGCGAGGAAAGUAAUCCACGUACGCUGUACGUGGGCAAUCUGGACACCACCGUGUCCGAGGACCUUUUGUGCGCGCUCUUUUCGCAGAUCGGCGCGGUCAAAGGAUGCAAGAUUAUCCGAGAACCCGGAAAUGAUCCGUACGCUUUCGUCGAGUUCACGAACCAUCAGUGCGCGGCCACGGCAUUGGCCGCCAUGAACAAGCGCUCCUUCCUGGACAAGGAAAUGAAGGUUAAUUGGGCGACCAGUCCGGGUAAUCAACCCAAACUCGACACUAGCAAUCAUCAUCAUAUAUUCGUGGGCGAUCUCUCGCCAGAAAUCGAGACUCAGACUCUCAAAGAGGCGUUUGCGCCCUUUGGCGAGAUCAGCAAUUGCAGGAUCGUCCGCGACCCACAAACGCUCAAAAGUAAGGGCUACGCAUUCGUAUCGUUCGUCAAAAAGUCCGAGGCCGAGGCGGCGAUCAACGCGAUGAACGGCCAAUGGCUCGGCUCGCGCAGUAUCAGGACCAAUUGGUCCACCAGAAAACCACCGCCACCGAGGUCCGAGAGACCGCGGCACUCGAACAAUAGUAAACCCAAUUAUGAGGAGGUAUAUAACCAAAGUAGUCCAACCAACUGCACUGUAUAUUGUGGCGGUUUUACGAACGGCAUUACGGAUGAAUUGAUAAAGAAAACGUUUUCUCCUUUUGGCACCAUUCAAGAUAUAAGAGUAUUUAAAGACAAAGGAUAUGCUUUUAUCAAGUUUACAACUAAGGAAGCUGCGACACAUGCUAUCGAAUCAACACAUAAUACUGAAAUUAAUGGUAGUAUUGUUAAAUGCUUUUGGGGAAAAGAAAAUGGCGAUCCAAAUAGUGUAGGUCCUAAUGCCAAUCACCAAGCUCAACAGGUGACAGCGGGAGCGGGACAAUACCCAUAUGGUUAUGGUCAACAGAUGAGUUACUGGUAUCCACAGGGCUAUCCACAGAUGCAGGGACAGUUUUUGCAACCUGCUCAAUACUACGGUCAAUAUUAUGGACAACAAGCUCAAUAUAUGAACAGCAUGAGGAUGCCCACUCCAGGUGCAGGAGCUUGGCAACCAACGCAAGCCACCGCAGCACCCCCAACACCGAGUGCGCCCUUGCCACCAGGUCAACAGCCCACUAUGGUAACAUAUACCAUGCCACACCAGUAUCCUACGCAAUGAAACUGAUCAUUGUCCGGCUAAUUGUUACAUACGACAUAAUUGUCCCAUGGGGUUAUUGCGAAAAUUGUUCCGAUAUAUACCUAUUCCAACAUAUACAAUUGGGUUUUCGAUAAUGUGACAAUGUAGGAUAAUCCAUUUUACAAUUAAGAGAUAUGAUUUCAUAUUUGAAAGAAACUUUCACAAUAGAAGAGAAAAGGAAAAUAAAUGAGAAAAGAAAGGACAUAGGGAUUCCUUCUUUCUUUUUUUAUACCCUUGAUUUGUUCACGAGUUGGAAAGCAUUAUUGUUCUGUCAUGGAUAUAUAUAACGUUAUAUCAAGAGAUUUAAUGCAAUAACGACACUUUGCAAUGACGUUUGUAUUGGCAAUGAUUAAAUUAUGAUAUGCAUUUAGUACUAGGAUUUGUUCAACGUUGUACCAGGUAUAUCUCUGAACUUUUCCUCGUGGACCCCGAAACUUAAACGAGCCCCGCAUAUCCAUUGUGCUGCGCAAGUGACGUAUGUAUGCGGCGAUUUUUGCGUUGUUGAUACCUUUUUAAUAUUUUUGCCACUGACACCUUGACAUUCUUACUCCUUUAAUCUUUGAUCAUCGAUGAACAAUAUGCGCGGUAAAUAUGUUCAUUUAAGGUAAAUGCAGAGAGAGCUGCUGAUGUUGGACAUAGUUAAUAGGAAGAACAUAGUUAGAGAAGCGAUUAGUUGGACACGGCGCCUGUGAUGUAGCUAGAUUUUUGGACGCGUGUAUGCCAGAGUAUGCGGGGCUCUUUAACAAAUAAAAUUCUGCGAGAGUCGAAUAACGAGUUACAAUUUUAUCUCGUUGUGUGAUAUUUAUCGUCGGUGGUUAAUGUAUAAAAUUUUGCUAUGAUUAACUUCAGAAAAAGAGUAGAAAAGAGGUA